AUGCGUCUCAGCACUCUGCUGCCUCUGGCCCUGGGCCUGGCGCCAGCGGCCGUGUCCGCUGCCGGCACGCUGGGCUUCGCGCUGGGAGACAAGAAUCCGGAUGGAUCGUGCAAGGCUCAGUCCGACUACGAGGCCGACUUUGACAAGCUGAGUCCACUCAGCAAGCUGGUCCGCAUCUACUCGGCCAGCGACUGUAAUUCUGCGAAGAACAUUGUUCCUGCUGCCAAGGCUAAGGGGUUCAAGGUGGUUCUGGCCGUGUGGCCUGACACUGAGGAAUCCUUCAACAGUGACACCGCCGCUCUGAAGAGCGUUGUGCCCGGAAACGAGGAUGUCGUCGAGGCCAUCACCGUCGGCUCCGAGACCCUCUACCGCGGCAACUUCACGGGCGAGCAGCUCCUCGAGAAGAUCAACCAGGUCAAGCAGAUGUUCCCGAACGUGGUUGUCGGUACGGCCGACAGCUGGAACAAGUACGCUGACGGCACUGCGGAUCCUCUGAUCACUGGCGGCGUCACCUACCUUCUCGGAAACGCUUUCGCCUACUGGCAGGGCGCGCCGAUCACCAAUGCCUCCCGCGUCUACUUCGACGACAUUUCGCAGGCGAUUGAGCACGUGCAGAAGAUUGCCGGCGCCAAUGCGAAGAACAUCCGCUUCGCCACCGGUGAGACUGGUUGGCCAACUGACGGUGGCAGCAACUACGGCCCUGCGGUCGCCAGCACCCAGAACGCCGAGACCUUCUACAAGCAGGGCGUGUGCGGCAUGCUCAAGUGGGGCAUGGACGUCUUCUACUUCGAGGCCUUUGACGAGCCGUGGAAGCCCAAGAGCGUUGGCGACGACGGCCAGGCGGAGGACGAGACGCACUGGGGCAUGUUCACGGCGGACCGCAAGGACAAGUUCGACACGACGUGCUAA